CAUGUUUUGGAUAACGAAGAAAAAUGAGUGAAAAUAUUAAAGUUGUAGUUCGAUGUCGUCCUAUGAACCGAAGUGAAAAAGAAAAAAACUGUGAUAAAAUCGUCGAAAUUAAUGAAUAUGCAGUUUCCGUCACAAAUCCAUCAGCUCGCCUCGCUCAAAAGAAAAUGUUUAUAUUUGAUAGUGUUUAUGAUAUGAUUACGAAAACUGAAGUGAUUUAUAACGAAAUGUGCUAUUCAUUAGUAGAGAGUACUAUCGAGGGAUAUAAUGGAACAAUUUUUGCUUACGGACAAACGGGUUGUGGAAAAACACAUACAAUGCAGGACCCCGGACACUGUAUUGCAAAAUUCUUUUUGGAACGAUGACCUUAAAAUUUGGAGAAUCCCAGAGAUCGAUUCAUUUAAAC